CACAUGGAAGUGUUACUUCUUUGAGCAAUGCAGAAACAUGUUUGUUUGAAUUGACUAAGGUCAAUUUGGAUUAGAAUCCCAGAUGUUUUUGCUUAGAUGACCAGGAAGUAGGAAUUUGGGCCAAGCUAAGACAAAAGAUUUGGCCCUGAGCUAGCUAGUUGAUUGGCCCUAAAACAAGGUCCAAAUUGAUAGUAGAGGCGUCCAUAAAUCCAAACAAAAGAGAGAUCAGAGAUGCCGCCCAAUGGGGAUUGUUGUAUCUAUCAGAGUAGCAUUGUAAUGCAACGAAUGACGGCCGUCCGAAGAUGUCUAAGUUCUAACUUUUAGCUUCGGCGUGGAGUGUGCAUUCUCUUUUUGGUAGGGAAAAUGGCAGAUUGGGGUCCGGUGUUGAUAGCGGUGGCGCUCUUCGUACUGCUAACUCCAGGAUUGCUGUUUCAGCUGCCGGGGAAAAGCCGAGUGGUGGAGUUUAACAACAUGCAGACCAGUGGAGUUUCCAUUUUGGUGCACACCAUCAUAUACUUCGGACUCAUUACCAUCUUUCUCAUAGCUAUUGGUGUUCACAUCUACACCGGCGGCGGCGACUAGCUACUUCAGGCUCUGAUUCCACUGCCUUCUGCUGCGAUCACUGUUGGAACAUUGCAUCUGGAGUCUUUUAUAUAUGUAUAAAUUGGACUGAAACUUGACUCUUGUUGCUUGAAUCUGUACUAGGUGAUUACGCCCAUAAUUUUAAAGCACGAAAAUUAUUGGUUCACAGAGAAGUCUUUCUCUAAGGCAAUGAACGAUAGACA